AUGUCUUUCAUCGACGAGGCUGUCACCCACCCAGUCCCCAUUUUAUCUUCAGUCGAGCCGCAGAAAUUGUCAGGCAAAGAGCCCAUGGCUGCGGCGGGAAGCGAGAAUGAAAAGUUCGCCCAACAGCCAUUGGAAAAUGCCAUCGGAGACAGCGAUCCAGAUGUCGUCCUCGUGGACUUCGAGGAGAACGACCCGAAAAACCCUUUGAAUUGGUCGUCAAUGCAAAAAUGGCUGAUUGUGUUCGUUAUCUCGUGGAUGGGUUUCGUCAGUGUCUUUUCGACAAUGACGAUCGUGCCCACGGCGCCGCAGAUCUUGCAAGAGUUCCAUUCACACAAUAAGAUCGACCAGACCUUGCUCGUCACGAUUUGGGAGCUCGGGGAAGGGAUUGGCCCGUUUUUCAUCGCGCCGCUCUCCGAAAGAUUCGGCCGGCUUCCCGUCUUCCAUAUUGGAAAUCUCCUCGCGCUCUGUUGCUUGAUCGCCAGCGCCCUGAGCGUAAACAUCUCCAUGCUGAUUGCGUUCCGAUUCUUAACAGGCUGCUUCCUGUCGAUUCUCACCCUCGGGCCCGCCAUCGUCGGGGAUUUGUUCCAAAUGGAACAAACCGGCCGGUCCAUGGCAUUAGUCAUGGGAACUCAGAUGAUAGCAGAUUUCAUCUCACCUAUCGCAGGAGCGUAUAUCGCACAGAGCCUGGGUUGGCGAUGGUCGAUUUGGCUGGCGGCCAUCGUGCUCGGAUUCUUCAGCUUGCUCUUACUGGCUGUGCUCCGGGAGACAUACACAGUCGUCAUUCUGAGGCGGAAGGCGGAGCGGUUACAAGAGGAGCGCGCGGACGACAAGAAGUAUCGUUCCAAACAUCAGGCCCGUGUCGAUGCAUCCACCAUGCUCGAAAGGGCCAUAAAACCAAUGCAGAUCCUGGCCCAGUCUCCCAUCCUCAUGCUGACGACGAGCUACAUGGCCACGACAUACGGCUUAGUCUCAUUGAUCCUUGCCACACUCACGGAAACCAUGGAGUCGACGUACCCAGCCGUCUUUUCUAGCGGCUCCAUUGGCUUGACGUUUUUAAGUCUCGCCAUCGGCAACACCAGCGCUUUGAUCUUCUACAGUCUCACUUCCGACCGCUACGUGAUCCAUCAGCGGGAAACGAAGGGCGACGCAUUCAAGCCGGAGUCUCGGCUGGUGCAUCUGCUUCUUGCCGCAAUCAUUCUUCCUCUGGGCUUCCUCAUCUACGGAUGGACAUUAGAGUCUCAUGUUCAAUACAUCGUGCCGCUCAUUGGAACGUGUGCUGCGGGGUUCAGCAUGACGCUUUCCGCCAUACCGGCCGAAACAUACGUGGUGGAUGUUUACGAGAUCCAUGGGGCAUCUGCUAUAGCUGCUGGUGUAAUCUUCCGAGCGAUUGCUGGGGCUUUUCUGCCAUUAAUCGGCCCUCCUUUAUAUCAAAGCAUUGGACAGGGCUGGGGUAACACUGUUCUAGCCUUUAUCGCAGCCGCUUUCAUUCCCCCUUUGGGCUUGCUGAUGAGAUACGGAGACUGGUUUCACAGUAAAGAACGGUUUGGAAAGUCUGGACGAUAG